AAAUAUCUGUGAUCCAAAUCGAAUUGUUUAGUUUUCAGAGAGCUUAGGUGAGAAAAUCCUAUUCCUAGCCAUGAGUUCCUUCAAUCAAGCAGAGCCAACCCAAAAUGCCUCGAUGGCCAAGCUACCACCGCCGGCCAUGGUUAACAACAAAAACCCAGCCACUGUCCAAAUCACUGCUGAGCAAAUUCUCAGUGAGGCACGUGAGCUCCAGCUUCUCCAUAAUGAAUUAGUGGAGGGUGCUAGGGCGAUUUACGAGCAAUCUGUACAAUGUCAACCAAAUCAAAUUCAGGCUUGGAUUCGAUAUGCCAAGUUUGAGACUAGUAAUGGUGAUGUUGCGAGGGCAAGGGAGGUGUAUGAGAGGGCAGUGGAGAAGGUAGAACUAGCAGAUUUUAAUGAGGCAGCAGAGCAGUUGCUGGUGGCUUUCGCCGAAUUCGAAGAGCACUGCGAAGAAAUCUUGCGUGCAAUGUGUAUCUACAAGUUCGCUCUUGAUCAUAUACCAAAAGGACAGGGCAUGGAUUUAUAUAGCAAGUUUGUACUUUUUAGGAAGCGUCAUGGGGUCAGACUAGGGAUUGAAGAUGCCCUUGAGAGAGAGAUGAUGUCUCUGGAGAUCAAGAUAAUAUUAGCUGCCUACAGGUGGAAGAAGGAACAAGUUUCUUCUCACGAUAUUGGAAGCGGCCUACAGGAGGAAAGAGGGACAAGUUUAUUCUCAAGAUUUUGA